AUGGAUGCGCCUGCAGAUAGUGUGAAGAGGACCGCUCUGCAUUCUUCAACCCCCUGCACUUCACCUGUAGUCUACCAGCUCAGAGCUCUGAGUGCUGUGCCUGGACCUGGGCAGCAGGAUGUGACGGGCAUUGACCCAGCCAAAUAUCCUGUACAGAACUGGUGCUUGGUAAGUAUGUUGGAUGAAACUGUGAAAGAGUUAAGAUAUCACACAGAAGUGGUGUCAAGUGCAUUGAGUAACCACAGCAAUGUCAGAGAAUUUGUUCUUCUGGGAUUUUCUUAUCUCCAUGAGUUCCAAACUCUUCUGUUUGGCUUCAUCCUGUUGCUAUACAUGCUAAUGAUGCUGGGGAACCUGGCCAUCAUUGUCCUCACUUGCCUCGACUCCCGCCUCCACUCUCCCAUGUAUUUCUUUCUCUGUAACUUCUCCAUCACAGAGAUGCUGGUCAUGUCCACUGUGGUUCAUAGGAUGCUGGCAGACAUGCUGUCUCCACACAGGACCAUGUCUCUGGCUCAAUGCCUGACCCAGUCAUUCUUUUACUUCUCUCUGGGUUCUACCACCUUCCUGUUCCUCACAGUCAUGGCCUUUGAUCACUACGUGGCUAUCUGUUGCCCUCUGCACUAUCCUAUUAUUAUGAGUGGCCCAGUUUGUGUGAGGCCGGUGGUGGCCUGCUGGGUGGUUGGGUUCCUCUCUACUGUCUUACCUACUCUGCAGAAAACACAGCUCUGGUUCUGCAGCCCUAAGGUCAUUGACCACUACUUCUGUGACUUUGCCCCACUCUUCAACCUGUCCUGCUCUGACACCCGUCAUAUUGAGCUCAUGGACUUCUUCCUGUCUUUGCUGUUUGUGGUGACCACCAUGCUGCUUAUCGUGGUCUCCUACAUCCUCAUUGUGGCUGCUGUGCUCCACAUCCCUUCCUCCUCUGGGUGCCAGAAGGCCAUCUCUACCUGUGCCUCCCACCUCACAGUGGUGGUUCUGGGCUACGGCAGUGCCAUUUUCAUCUAUGUGAGGCCAGGCAAGGGCCCCACACACUUUAACAAGACGGUGGUUCUGAUGACUGCAGUGGUAACCCCUUUCCUCAACCCGUUCAUCUUUACCUUUCGGAGUGAGAAGGUCAAGGAGGUUAUUGAGGACAUGGCCCAAAGGAUCCUCCUCAGAGACUCAGCAGUCCGCAGAUAA